AUGGCAUCAGCUCUGUUUUCUGCACCAACUUUCAAAAGUCUCGGACCUCUCAAUAAUAAACCCACACACUCUUCCAUCUUCCUCAACAAAUUGAUCGCCUUGAAAUCCAUAAACAAAAAAAUUCAAAAUCUCGCUGUGAAAGUUGAGCUCAAACCAUCAAUUGUCAUCCGUUUGAGCACUCAGCUUAUAGUUUUCCUUGAAAGAUUCGUUUUCUUUAAAUUCCAGAGAGAAAAUGUUGCAAAACAAGUGCCGUCUCAGAAUGGAAUCUCUCCCUCCAAAGCUGGAGAUGUUAAGGCUAAGGAAUAUAUAAGGUUGCUAAAGUCUAAUGACCCAAUUGACUCCAACACUGGCUAUGGAAAGCUUAUCUUUAAGCUGAAGUAUAGUAAUUCAAAAUAA